AUGACCGCACCUCACUCAGUGGAAUCUUCGAAAAUGAAUGCACCCAAUAAGAGAACCAACACGUCGGAGGGGCCCCCCUCGCCACCAGUUGGGGAAGACAACUCGGAAAUGAAGAAAGGAACAGACACGAAUAACACAACCAACACGAAAGAAGGGAGCACAGCGCUCCUGAAAGAGCACCUUCAAUACAGCAACACGUUUGCAAAUAUAACCCUGUGCCUGAUGGGUAUGUCAUCCGUACUCAUGUACAACUGCGUCUUGAAUACGACGCCCCACAUCCACGAACUGCUAAACAAAAACAUCGUGGUGUCCUCCACCUUCUUUCUAUACUUCUCCGUUUUGGUAUUCGUUUCACUAAUCAGUGCUUUAUUUAUCGAAGUGAAGACGAGGACCUAUGACAUAUGUUUUAUCAUUUCUUUUGGCCUCCAGCUUGUGUACCCUCUGGUCGUAAAGUACUACUAUGAUCGGACCUUUUUAUUUUAUUUACUUAUUGGUAUCAUCGGUGCAACCUGCUCCGUAAUGAAGACGAUGAUUUUUUCAAUUGCCACCAUCGUCUUGAAUAGCUCCAAAGUAAUCUGCCUGUCAUACGGUUUGACUGGAAUUUAUUCCCUUUUCAUUACCUCCACGUUUUUCUAUUUUUUAAUAAAAAUUGAUAAAGACGUACAUAAGCUUAUGCAGUCCAUAUUUGCCACCUGCGCCAUUAAUUGCACCUUUAUUUUUGUCUCCUUCAUUUUCUACACCCUGUUGAAAAGUACCGAUGACUUUAAGCGUAAGUUCAAGAUGUACCAGGAAGAAAGAGAUGGGAAGCGCGCGCGCAGUGGAAGCGGUGCACUGUUCGACAGGGCAGGAGGAACAACCGGGGGGGAAUCAUUCGUCAUACCGGUUGAGAGUUCCACUCGCGAAGGUGGCUACAGUGGGAAUGAAAGCGAUACUGAAAAGCAGACUCGCAAGGAAGCUGCCAUGCAAGUUUCUAGUGAUGCAAAUAACGGGGUGGGCCCCAUGGGGGUAAGCCCUCGAAGGCGCUUCGUCCCAAAGGUCUCCUCAUUGAACGUGAAGGUAAACGAGAUAAUGAAGCAAGCCAGGAUAAAGGCAUUCCUCUACAAGAAGUCAAUCGUUUUCCUUUUUUGCACCUUCUACAAUAUUUUCCUUAAGAUUGCAGUUUUCCCCGUUGUUUGCCCAGAAAUGUGGACCCAAAAUGUGGACGAGCGAUACAUACUGAUUGGCAUGGUGCAGUUGGGUGACUGUGUCAGUAGGAUUUUUCCAACAUUUGCAGAGACUGUACCAGUUUUUAAAAAGUUUCUUCUCCCACAAAAGAAGGUAUUCAUAUACUCACUGGCAAGGACGUUUCUAUCCGUGCUAUGUUUGAUAAUACCCCUGACAGAUGCAGCCCUUUUGAAUAAUUUUCUUUUUAAGUGCGCCCUAAUUUUUUCAAACAUUUACCUAAAUGGUUGGUUUGUCGUUUUGUCCUUUAUCAACAUUUCCGAUGUCUUGAAGCCCCUCAACUCGAUGAGCAACGUUGCCAUGGUCAGCAGCUUCGGCUCCACGCUCCUCCGGAUGGGCUUGCUUACGGGCUAUGGUACCUCGAUCUUAUACAGGCGCUAUGUCCAGGGCGCGUGA